AUGGCACGCGGUACUCUCUCUAGAGUUACUGGACUCUUCAAAAGGGAUGAGAAAAACGAAGAGGAACAAAAGCAAGAGAACAAUGGCAACGGUGGAGGCGGAAGAGGAGAUGCGGACGACGCGAGUAUCCAUGACGGAGAAGUUGGAAAUGUCACGAUCUCCAGAAGACGUGGACUGCGCAAAACUCUCAGCGGAUUCUUCGGUCACGCUCUCCCCCACAGGCCGUAG